AUGGAGAAGAUCGAAGCCAUGUCGACAUCUCUGGCAUCACCCGACUCGAUGGCUUCAUUGUCACCCGACUCGAUGGAGAAGAUCGACGUCCUCGUCGUCGGCUGCGGGAUCUCUGGCAUCAGUGCCGCCUACCACAUCUCCAAGCACUGCCGGGGCACGACGUUUGCGGUCCUUGAGCGCCGUGCCAAACUCGGCGGCACGUGGAGCUUCUUCAAGUACCCGGGCAUUCGCACCGACUCGGACGUGUUCUCCUUCGGAUUCGGCUGGAAGCGCUGGGAGAGCGACAACAUCGUUGCGCCGGCCAAGGAUAUCUGCCAGUACCUCGACGACGCUGUCGACGAGCAUGGCCUGCGCCAGCACAUCCGACUGAACACCGACGUCGUCUCGGCCUCGUUUUCCAGCGCCACGCAGCGCUGGACCGUGACCACGGGCGCUGGCGGGACGAUCGUUUGCCGCUUCCUGAUCCUGACGACAGGCUACUACCAGUACGAAAAGCCGCACAUGCCCGCCUUUGAUGGCUCCGACCGCUUUCAAGGCACCUUUGUGCACUCUCAGCAGUGGCCAGAGUCGCUCGACGUCGCGGGCAAGCGAGUGAUCGUGAUCGGAUCGGGAGCCACGGCCGUGACCAUGGUGCCCGCCCUCAUCGACAGCGGCGCAACGAGCGUCGUCAUGCUACAGCGCUCACCGAGCUACUACUAUGUCGCUCCGAAGCACAAGAAGGACCGAGCGCUUUCCGUGUUGGAGCGGCUCUUUGGCGCACGCAUCGGCUACUUUUUGCAGAAGUGGCUGACCAUUCUGCAGGGCGCGGUCGUGUACGCCUACGCGCAGUGGUUCAGGGCGGCCGCCAAGCAACGGUUCAUCGCCGAGGCUCGCAAGCUCUGCCCGGAUCACGUCGACGCCGACACGCACUUCUCUCCCUCGUACGGCGUCUGGGACCAGCGCCUGUGCCUCGACCCUGACGGCAGCUUGUUUGCCGCCCUCCGCACGGGCAGGGCUAGCGUGGUGACCGACCACGUGGCCAGGUUUGUGGAGAGCGGCGUCUGCACCGGCGGGGGCGAAGUGCUUGAGGCCGACAUCGUCGUCUCCGCCACGGGCCUGACUCUGCAGCACAACUUCCCGAUGAGCACCAUGAAGGUGAGCGUCGACGGGGUGCCGUACGACGCGCCAAAUCACUUCGUCUUCCGCGGCUGCAUGCUCUCGGGCGUGCCGAACCUCUUCUACAUCUUGGGCUACACCAACGCGUCCUGGACGCUGAGAGCUGACAUGAUGGCGCGCUACUUUUGUGACAUGAUCAACUACCUUGGGCGGCACGGCAUGGGCAUGCUGUGCCCCUGCGCGGAUGGGGUCGAGGAGUCGCAGGCUGUCCCCUUCAACCUCAGCUCUGGAUACGUGACGCGCAACAGGGGGCGCUUCCCGAAGCUGGGCGGGGCGCAGCCGUGGGGAACGGUCCAGAGCUUCUUCUCAGAACUCUGGCGCUUCAAGGUGAGGACGUUCUCGGAGCUUCAGUGGAUCAAGUUCACGCCGGCGGCGGCAGCGGCUGGCGCCUGACAGGCUGUGUUGGUGCGUACGCCGCCCACCUCCGGCUCCACGCGAGGUCGUCAGUUUUUGCUGUGUGUGUCAUCAGUAUCGUCCUUUCUCUGACUCUGUUCAUUAGCCCCACCUCGAACACGUCCCUCCCUGUCCGAUCGACUGCCACACUGCACUCACUCUUUAUCAUGCUCUUUAUACACAUACCGCACCGAAAAG